AUGGGAGAAUGGACCAUCCUGGAGAGGCUGCUGGAGGCAGCUGUCCAGCAGCACUCCACCAUGAUUGGCAGGAUCCUGCUAACCGUGGUGGUGAUUUUCCGCAUCCUGAUCGUGGGCAUAGUGGGCGAAAAAGUGUACGAAGACGAGCAGAUCAUGUUCAUCUGCAACACCAUGCAGCCCGGUUGCAACCAGGCUUGCUACGACAAAGCCUUCCCCAUAUCCCACAUCCGGUACUGGGUUUUCCAGAUCAUCCUGGUGUGCACGCCCAGCCUGUGUUUCAUCACGUACUCGGUCCACCAGUCGGCCAAAGCUCGGGACCGCAGCUACUCCCUGCUGCACCCUUACAUGGACCACCACGGUCACGGUCACCACGGGCGCCACCACGACCAUCACGCUCGCAAGCUUCACUCCCGCAAUAUCAACGGUAUCCUGGUGCACCCCGACAGUAGUAAGGAGGAUCACGAUUGCCUGGAGGUGAAGGAGAUCCCCAACGGACCUCGAGGGCUCCCGCCGACGCACAAGAGCGCCAAGGUGCGGCGACAGGAAGGGAUCUCCCGCUUCUACGUCAUCCAGGUGGUUUUCCGCAACGCCCUAGAGAUCGGCUUCCUGGCGGGCCAGUACUUCCUGUACGGCUUCAACGUGCCAGGGAUGUUUGAGUGCGACCGCUACCCUUGCGUGAAGGAGGUGGAGUGCUACGUGUCCCGCCCCACGGAAAAGACCGUCUUCCUGGUCUUCAUGUUCGCAGUCAGCGGCAUUUGCGUGGUGCUCAACUUAGCCGAGCUCAACCACCUGGGCUGGCGGAAGAUAAAGACGGCGAUCCGCGGCGUGCAGGCCCGAAGGAAGUCCAUCUGCGAAGUGCGCAAGAAGGACGUUUCCCACCUGUCGCAAGCCCCCAACCUGGGCAGGACCCAAUCCAGUGAGUCGGCCUACGUCUGA